AUGACAAGUUCAGAUGAUUUGCAUUUUAUGAAACUUGCAAUUGAGCAAGCAAAUCUUUCAGAACCAGUUGAAACAGCGUACUGUGUAGGAGCGGUAUUAGUAAAAGAUUCGCAAAUUCUUUCUAAAGGAUAUUCUCGUGAAUUAGAAGGCAAUACUCAUGCAGAAGAAUGUGCAUUAAAAAAAUUGCACGAUAUAACAGAAGCAAAAGGCGCUAUAAUGUACACAACUAUGGAACCUUGUAGUAAAAGAUUAUCCGGCAAUAAACCUUGUGUUGAACGUAUUGUAGAAACUGGAAUUAAAAAAAUUGUAAUUGGUAUAAAAGAACCAGACAAAUUUGUAAAAUGCGAAGGAAUUUCUAUAUUACAAGCAAAUGGAAUUGAAGUUAUAAACGUUCCCGAAUUAGAAGAAGAAUGUAAAAAACCAUCUAAACAUAUUUUAGGUUAA